UACUGAGUUAAGUUAUCCUAUGGGUGAAACAAUUGCUGCUAAAUGAGAAAACAGUGCUCUUGGCACAUUUCAUAUUCAGUGUACCAUUGUUUGCUGGUACACAACUGAUUGCUUUUUCUGAGAAUCAGGCACUUAACAUUUGACUCAGUUUAGCUCUUGAUGUUUAAUGCUGGAAUGCCAUGUGAUUCAGUUAUCAACAAAUUUAGAAACUUCUUUGAUAGUAGCUUUCCACUAGAAAAAGUAGCCCUAUAUUGACCUAAUAGUGGGGACAUUAAGGUUGCUGUGAGAUCAUUAAAUCACUCUAAUGAUGAUUUAAAAAAACAAAAAUCCUUAAUAGCAUAUUACACCAAUGCUUCACAAGACCCGAUAUCUGUGUGGAGUCCUAACUCUUAACAAUAGACACACAAAACUAUAAUACUCUAUAAACAGUCCCACUAUAACAGCUUGGCUGGCCUCAAAUUUUCCCCCAUUACAUCUCUAUUUAUAUUGUUAAUCUAUGUAAAUUUGCUCCUGAAAUAGUGUGCAUUUCAACUCAUUGCUAGCAUCUGCAGUAUGAAAUAGUGAAAGCUAGUCAGUCCAUUUGGGGAUGAAACUUUUGAGACUAUCCAAUUAGCAUUAUCCUGAGUUAAAUGCAAUACUCUCCAAGCACCUUCUAAAUCUCCUGUCCUCAUUUCAAAGCCCAGCACAUUCUCUUAUUUUKUUAAGCAUGUGGUAUGACUGGGACAGGGAAGAAGAAAAAGCAUGUUGUCACUUGAGUGAGACUACCUAAGAAAUGUUACCAGGUUGGGGUURGGUGUUUCCUCUGGAAGAGAACAGGCCUAAACAGUACCUUCUACAUCUGUGGCUACCAUGUUUGAGAUCAGAGAUACUUCCUUAGUUGAUUUUUUAACCAAGUAUAAAUUAAAAAAUACCAAAAGGAUCAAAAGUGAAAAGAUGUUGCAUUUUUAAAGAACUUAUUUCACAUUACCUUUCCUUGUACAAAAUGAACUAUCUAUAAAGAAUUGGAAAGUCAGUGAACAAAACAAUUGUAGAACCAAAGACAUCUACAUAAAUUUUAGCGUAGUUUAUUGUAGAUUUUGUGCAUGUUAUUUAAUGUCUUAAAGCUUAGUUUCUUAGGACAGCUAGUAUUUACCCCAGAAUUACUCUAAGGAUCAAUGAAGUUGUUUUAAAGCCUUUAGCAGAGUGUCUAACCCUUGGUAGGUAUUUGAUAAAUGGCAUCUACAUGAAUAAUAAUAUUUUUUGGCCACUUAAUCAGGCCAAGAAAAGAAAAAGACAUGGGGAGCAUAAGGGAGGAUGAUGAUAUAGUGAGCUUGAUUUUAAUCAUAUAAAAUAAGAUUACAUUAGGCAGGGAUGUCCUGAGGAUUAGUGUGAUAGUGACUUUGUUGCUAAGUACAUAAAGCAAAACAAUGACAUAAAAACAAGUGUGCUAAGUACUGAGUGGAGGAGAGACAUGGAGGCAGACGCUGCAGGGGAAAAAAAAAAAGGCUGAUUAAAAAGGGCCCUUUGAUUCCACAGGCACAAAAAUCCACAGCCAGGAAUUUGCUGCCACCUCUGAGUCAGGCAGGGGGUGGGGGUGCACAAUCCCAUUAGAGAAUGCCCAGUGGAUUUAGUCUGUGAGAGUCACAUUUCUUAUUUGGACCAGUGUAGACAGAAGCAAACCCAGCUCACUUGUUUCUUGGGACAGUUAGGGGAUGGCUUUUGCAGAGCAUUCACCACGGACCCCUUGCCGACGGGACCUCUGUAGCCGUUCCAUCUGGCUAGCAAGGAAGAUUCGUUCAGACCUGACUGCCCUUAUGGAAUCUUAUGUGAAGCAUCAGGGCCUGAACAAGAAUGUCAACCUGGACUCUGUGGAUGGUGUGCCCGUAGCAAGCACUGAUCAGUGGAGUGAGCUGACAGAGGCAGAGAGACUCCAAGAGAACCUCCAAGCUUACCGUACCUUCCAUGUUAUGUUGGCCAGGCUUUUAGAAGACCAGCAGGUACAUUUUACUCCAACCCAAGGUGACUUCCAUCAAGCCAUACAUACCAUUCUGCUCCAAGUUUCGGCCUUCACCUACCAGUUAGAGGAGUUAAUGGUGCUCCUGGAGCACAAAAUCCCCCCAAAUGAGUCUGACGGGAUGCCAGUUGUUGGAGAUGGUGGUCUCUUUGAGAAGAAGCUGUGGGGCCUAAAGGUGCUGCGAGAGCUUUCACAGUGGACCGUGAGGUCUAUCCAUGACCUUCGUGUCAUUUCUUCCCAUCAGAUGGGGAUCCCAGCACAUGAGAGCCAAUAUGUUGCUAAGGACAAGAAGAUGUAGCAGUUAGCCUUCUCUGUCUUCCUUGCUCUCUGUUCUGAUGGAAUAUACAUAGUUUUCUGGGGCCUCGUUUUCCCAUCUUCAGUUUUUGAAAACUUUUUUAAGACCACAAGCAUUUCCGUCAAGUAGGAUUGGAGACACAGACAAAUGGGUAGAGAGGUUUACAUAGCUUGGGGUGUGGGUGUGGGUGUAAGACAAUGGGAGCAGGGACAGCAUCCUUCCACCUUAGUGUUCUAACCAUUCUACCCACUAAGUAACCUUUACCAUUGUUUAACAACAUUACAGAUAGAAGAGAGAAAUAUCUCAAACUCUAGUUCUGGAAGAUUUCUGAGAAGACUAAACCAAUGAAUGGACUCUGUACAGUCAUUCAUACUCUUAGAUAAUAAAAAUAAUAAUAGCCAACACUUACGGAGUCGCUGCUGUAUUAAGGCAGUGAACCAGAGGUCUUACAUAUGUUAUGUAUAACCUGUACAGCAACUCGUGAGGAAGGUGGUGUCAUUCAUCUCUGAUGAAAAAACAAGCUCACAGAGACCAUUAAGGUCAUGCAGUGCCAAGUGACAUACUAAGUUUGAACCCAGAUCCUCACUGUAAAGCCGAUGUACUUUUUACUUUAAAGGCUUGAUUAUGAAACUGUCACUGACCUUCUGUCUUAGAGGGUUGGAAGGUGUAAUCAUCUAUGUACAGUAUCCUCCGCACUAAAGAAGCCCUUACACACUCUCAUAAGUCAGCUGUUUAGUGUUAAAGGCAAUAUUCRUUGCCCAUGCUUAGCAAAGAAGAGAAAAGCUGGAGAUCGUAGAGCCCAUUUCAAAGAUGAGGCCUACAAGACUUCUGAACCUUAGCAGUUGAAAAUGUGCAGUGAUACAGCCUGGUUGAAAGUGUCUGCUGAUGUUCUUGGAUAUUGGGUUGGGCACAGUCUAUACCAGCUUACUUCACAUUCACUAUAAUUGGCAAUCCAGGGAUAUAGAUCCAAGCAUUUGUAGAUGAUGGGUGGAAUUCUACCCAAGUUAAAAAGUCACAGGACUGUCACUUCACAUUCUCUGAACUUAGUCAUGAGGAGAGGGUGAGGCCCGCUUUUCCAACUGGGAAURCCAGAGAGUCUGCAACAAUAUACAGCAAAGGCUCCAGGGGAUGAAAAGCCAGUAAGUAUGGACACGAAUGGAAAAGGCAAGGCCCAUGUUCUAAUGGUGCAUAUGUGAUAGGUAACAUUUAACUUGUCAUUAAAACCCAAGAUCUUAGAUGGGGGACCUCAAUUUUAUUAGUCAAGGUGUCUUUACUCUUAAGUGAACCGUGAGUCAGAAGGGCCUAGCUCCCAUUAGGUCACUUGAGGUGAGGAUGGGUGACUUGACUUGUAUCCUUCCCCACGUGGGUUCAUGUCCAAAUUCCAUGAAGUCAAUGUUGUGAAAGUUCAAGGGAAGUAAGUCUCUGCCUUCUUAGAAUGCAUUUAUGGAAAUAUGGGUGUACGUGUGUGUAAAAGAUCAAUAGUAGGUUGGAAUUACAAUCCCUGGGUUUAAGUAUUGGGGAAAUCAGUGAAGGCCAGAAAUAGUUUCCAGGGGGAAACAGGAGUUGUGUCACAGAGGUUGGCUGAGUACAAAUAGGAAGAAAUCAUAAAGAAGGAAACCGAGGAGUUGACUGCUAGAAAAAAACUUGGGCAAUAAUAAACAUUGGGGCCCUGGCUGCCAGCAGAGGCAUGUUGGUUUUAUUUAAUUGGUAAUAUGGGUAUAGAUACAUAGUUACCCAAUAUAUGUUGUUUGUUUCAUUCAAGCUUUUCCUAAUUUAAAUGGUUUCUUCUGCCUACCAGCAGCAUUUUCAACUAAUAAUAUAUCUGYUUGCUUUGUAAAGCUCUUAGAUUUAUGCAGAUGAUCCAUUUGCUUAAUAAAAGUGUGAAUAAAAUUUCUUUAUGGGGGAAUAACUGAUCGUAAACUUUCUGGAUAUAAAAUAAGUGACCCUUUUCCAAGUGUUUUUAUCGUCAGCAGAUGUGACAGAGUGGACAUCUGCAGAAGUGUCAGAAACCAGCAGAGCUUGGUUUAAGUUCUGCUCAGUGGCCUCUGGAGGAAUAUUUAUGUAUAAGAGGCAGAUUUGAAAUGGCAGCAGGUCUGGGAAAGGUACAAGCUUUAACUCUGAGGACAUAGCAGCCUAUCUAUAUUUCAGUCAGCUCACAGAAGCAGGAAAUCUUUACCAAGUGCAUUUCUCAGCACUGUGCUAAGAGCUGGGUAUUAGUUUCUCCUUCAAGAAACUUCUAAGUGCCUGAAGAGAGAAGCAUGGAGAAACCCCUUAGAAAAAGACAAAGGGAAAAUGAGUACUUAGCCAUGUAACAAAAGCAAACACUCAUGAGAUCUAAAUGUUAAGCAUUGCAUUGUGUUUACCUGAAAUGGAUAAGUCAAAUUGAAUAAGGUACUGACAAUGGGCCAUUCAUUGGUCCAUUAUUCUAGGUGUGUAUUUUAUGAUAUUGAUAAGAGAUAACAACUACGCUGCAUGAGGAGAGGGCCUCACYCUCUCCUCAUGACUAAGUUCAGAGAAUGUACAUAAGUUUUAAGGAUCCACAAUCCAAAAGAGAUUUUUGUUCUUUAGAUUUUAUUCCCUUGUUUCUUAGAUCUCUAUGUGGAUAGAAUAUCUGGGAAAAUCAAUUGAUAUAACUAUAUAGAGUUAUAGUUAUGAUGUGCAUUAAAUUUAGCUCCAAGCCUGUAUUUCCACAGCCACCGGAAAGUCCUCUCUGCAGGGAGAGAUUGUUKUCCUGAGUCCAUCAAGGAAUUGCAUGCAUGAGAGCUGAUAAAUUUUUCUUACAUUAAAAAGGUUAUUUGAGAAAGGCUUGCAAAAUUAGCACAAACCUGAUGGUCAAGCAUUGAAUAACAUUAGUUUUAAGAUAAUCAGGUACAAGGGAAGUGAGAGUUUUAAUAAAAGUGGAAAGCCAUAGCCCUGACAUUGCUGUUAUUUUGGGCUGCUAUGGAUGAAAGCCCAAUGGAUGACUCAUUGUGACCACUGGUCAGAUAGGGAGAGAACAAGUAUUUCAGGGUGACAUAUCUGAAAAGUGGUUUGAAAUGACUUUUGCUUCUGAAUCCCCAUCUCCUCACUGGGUACCCAAGCAUCGUCUCUCUCUAUAAAAGAGUAAAAGAUGUAGGAAGAGAAAGACCUCCACCAGAAUGGGGAAGGGAUUGGUGAAGAGGAAGGGGAGGGAGUAGAAUCUAGACUUGAUUUCAGCUGAUAUGUGUGUGUGUGUGUGUGUGUGUGUGUGUGUGUGUGUGUGUUUUCAUAUGAUACCAAUGUGGUGUUUAGUGCAGGGCAUUUUUUUUUAAAGGAAUAAUUUGACCUCCCCCCUCAUCUCAACCUCCACCUCAAGCCUCAGACUUAAGAAUGAAUCCUCUGAAUGUUGGACAGUUAAAAAGGGAAAAGUGGUAAAAAACUUGACCUCAGCACAAAAACUUCAAUAGAACUCAGGAUUACAGAUAAAAACCAAGCAAAAAAAUAAUUUGACUAUUUGAUGAAAUGUGUAUGGGGUGUGAAAAACCUGUCUGCUUUGUAAUUCAUGACAUAAAAUAUAUAUCUCAAGUCAAUCUAUUUUUAGCACAUAGGAAAUAAAAGAUGCAAGAAUGGCUAACAAUAAAGUUCUC